GUUACGAAGCGACACCGUCCGUCUUCUUAACAGUUCCGUCUAAAGAUGGCGGAGUAUGCUAACCUCGUCCGAAGGGCUCUGGGGCAACUCCGAGGUCAUGGGGGUGUAAAGGGCUUCUUAGUGCAGUUUUUCAGGGCAAACGACGUAAAAACUGGCACUCUGAUUGGCGUGGAUAAAUAUGGGAACAAGUACUAUGAAGACAACAAACAUUACUUCUUUGGUCGUCAUCGCUGGGUGAUCUACACCACCGAGAUGAAUGGGAAGAACACGUUUUGGGAAGUUGAUGGCAGCAUGGUGCCUGCGGAAUGGCACCGUUGGCUUCACUGUAUGACCGACAACCCUCCCACCACACACCCUCCUGUGCCCAAGAAGUUCCUGGCUGACGUGCACCAGUUCAACGUGAGCGCCAGCCCCCAGCAGUAUGUCCCUUACUCCACCACCCGCAAGAAGAUCCACGAAUGGGUCCCGCCUAAAGCUGCUCAGUGACCUUCACUACAUGUUUGAGUCUGUAAAUUUACCUGAUGCUUUUCCUCUAAUAAAGACCAUAUCUAUAUA